ACACACUAAAAGACAUCCCCACAGAGGCACACAGUUCAGAAUGACCCCACAAAAAUUUACUUUCUUUUAAUUGAGUAAAGGGUUCUUUAAUGUCUGAAAAAUUGAGUUUGUUUAUGCUGUUGUGUAAGAGAGAGGGAGGUUAAGCAGAGAGAGAGAGAGAGAUUUUUGCUAUCUUGCAGAGAGAGAGAGAGAGAUGGAGGGUGGGAAGAGAGAAGAGGCAGGACAGUCAUCUGAGAAGUCUUUUUUUGUUGUUGAUGGUGAUGAUCAAGGAGAAGAUGUUGAAAGAAAUGAGAUUAUUGGUGAUUUUGUUCCUGCUCCUCCUGUUCCUCUCAAAGAUCAGCUUGAAAAAGACAAGGAUGAUGAAAGCUUGAAGAGAUGGAAAGAACAAUUACUUGGCUGUGUUGAAAGCGAUUUGAAUGGACAAAUGGACCCUGAGGUCACAUUCCACUCCAUUGGAAUUCUUUCCGAUGACUUUGGAGAGAUUAUUACUCCUUUGCCUGUCGAAAAAAUUCAGAAUGGUCAACCCCUCUUUACACUCAAGGAAGGAUCUGAAUACCGGCUUAAGUUAACGUUCACGGUACUGCACAACAUUGUCUCUGGCUUGACCUAUACAAAUGCAGUAUGGAAGGGAGGAAUUCAAGUUGAUCGAAGCAAAGGAAUGUUGGGAACAUUUGCUCCACAACGAGAGCCGUAUGUACAUACCUUAGAAGAGGAAACUACUCCAUCUGGUGUGCUUGCAAGAGGGGUAUACACUGCAAAGCUCAAGUUUGAAGAUGACGACAAAAGAUGUCAUAUGGAGCUCAACUAUUCCUUUGAAAUAAAAAAGCGAUGCUAGGGAGGUGCUUUUGCAAGUCUGAGUUCUUCAUUGUAGAAGCAUGUUUCCUUUUGGGGAUCAAUUUUCCCGGUUCAUACAUUAUCUGUUAUGCUUGCUUCAAGUACAAUAUCUGUUAUUAGCUGUGAUUCGUUAGUUUGUCAAAAGUUCUUCAUUGGUAAUGUUUCAGAUUGUGAACAAUAAAUUGGUGAUCUUGGUAAUGGUUCAUGUUGACAUCAGUUUCACAA